AUGCAAAAAUCCCUUAUUGUAGCAUUACUUUUAGCAUUGAAAUUUUUCUCAAUUUCAAAAGCUAAAUUGAGUUUAGCUUCAUUUAGAGUCUCUGAUUUUCCAAGAGUUUCAGAAGACAUUAAAGAAGUUGGCAAGACUGGAGUCCAAUUCAUUAUAGGGUUUGUCGAAGGAUUUGUAGAUGAAGAUGCUGAUAUACUUAUGAAUUGCGAUGCCACUGUUUCAGAUGUUGGAGAAAAUAUUGAAUAGGCAAUUAAGGGCUUCCAAAGAAAAGAUCCAAUAAGUUUAAUUUCCUCAAUCACCAGUUUAAUUACUCUCGCUCUUGAUAUCCCAAAGACAUUCCAAUAAUGCAAGGAAGCAGCUCCACUAAUGGCUGAUGUCAAAGAGAAACUUUCCCACAUCAAGAACCCAGGACACAUAGCUCAGUAAUUAGCUUAGUUGGCAAUAGUCCAUAACAAAUAAUUCCUUGCUGAUAUAAUAAAUCCAUUCAAGCAAUUCUAACUUGGAAAUCCUAAGGAAGCUGGUCGUGCCUUUGGUAAGCUUCUUGCUCGUAUUCUUGGUUGA